AUGGCGGCGCUGGGGAGGGUAGCGCCGGGCUUGGGCCGCUCGUUGCUGCGGCCCGGUGGGCCGAGAGAGGCGGUGGGGCGGCGCGGGGUGCGGGCGCUGCGGCGGAGCCCUGUGCGGGUGCUGCCGCCGCAGAAGGAGCGGGGCGCGGCGGCCGAGGCGCAGCAGAGCCCCCGGGAGCCGCCGCCGCCGCCAGCGGUGGAGCGGAGCUCGGCCGGGCCGGGGCUGUGGUACGAGAAGGCGGCGCCCGGUGACAGGAGGCUGGGAAAAGUGGUGACUAUCGCCAAGUCGAAGAAGUUUCGGGAUCAUCACGGGAAGGUUCUGCUGGAGGGUCACAGGCUGAUCAAGGACGCCCUGGAGGCAGGAGCUGUGCUGCAGACUCUCUUCUUCAGCAGUGUGGGGCACCUGAAGGAGCUGCCUGAGGCAGAGCUAAAAAGAGCCAACUUAGUUAAGGUGAAAUUUGAAGACAUUAAGAGCUGGUCUGACCUCGUAACUCCUCAGGGGCUUAUAGGGAUCUUUUCCAAGCCCGACCAUGCCAAGAUGUCUUAUCCUGCCGCUCAGCUAACCAGCUCCUUGCCAUUGCUCCUCAUCUGCGACAAUAUCCGAGAUCCAGGAAACCUGGGGACUAUUCUGAGAUCUGCAGCAGGCGCGGGCUGUGAGAAAGUGCUGCUCACCAAAGGCUGUGUGGAUCCGUGGGAGCCAAAGGUGCUCCGUGCAGGCAUGGGGGCUCACUUCCGUCUGCCCAUCGUCACCAACCUGGACUGGGAAUCUGUUCCCAGCAACCUUCCCGCCGGCAUCCAGGUCUGCGUGGCCGACAACAAAGACCCAGGCGCUCAGGCUGAGACCGCUUCUGUGCCAAGAGGAGCCGGCAGCGCUGGCUCCGCUCCUGGCAACCCGAAGGCUCCUGUGAAAUCCAAACCCAAGGCUGCUCCUGAGCGCGAGGAUGAGGAGGGAGCGGCGGGUGUCUGCGUCCCAGAGCUGGCCAUGCAGUAUUACUACGAGAACUGGACACGGACUCCAGUGGCAGUGGUGAUCGGCGGAGAGACCCACGGUCUGAGUCCAGACGCGCUUCGCCUCGCAGCCAGCACGGGGGGAAGUCUGGUCAUUCCCGUGGUGCCAGGCGUGGACAGCUUGAACUCCGCUAUCGCUGCUGGCAUUGUGCUGUUUGAGGGGAAGAGACAGUUGCUGCGGAGGCACAAGCAGGAGGACGAAAGGCAGAAGUUCCCUGUAGUGGGCUAAACUGCUGAGGUUUGGGUACUGAAGAAGCAUCUCUUCCUUUUGGCACGCUGUAGAGUUAAUAAAAGAGCAGCUCGGGCUGUUUGGUUUGCAGUAAAUGAGUAUUAAACAGCUCUGGCAGUGUUGGAGCUGUGCCUGGAUGAGCGCAUGACUCCCGGGUGAGCCUGCGGGCGCUCCGGCCGCACGGUGAUGCUAGUGAGAAGGGAAAGGCC